AUGGCUUCUCGAUGCGUUGAGGAUGUUCAAUCUCAGGACCACGACUCCACCGAAUCGACGGCGUCGGCUGAGGACAAUCCCGCGGAAUCAUCAGGCUCAGAUGGCCAUGACCAUGAGUGUGAAAUGGAAGAGUUUGAUCAGGAAAUCGCAGAAUCCAACAAAGAACUAGCAGAGAUACAGAAAGAGAAGGAAGAACGCAUAAAUGAGGACCGCAAGUCGGCAUCCCGAAGCUGGAUCAACUCGUUUCGCUCAUUCCGAGAGCAGGGCAAAGCGGUCGACUCAGAUAAGGCAAAAGAAGUCCUUGAUGACCAACAUGACGAUCCUUCGCCAAAAGACGACGAGACUCUUCGAGAUGAAUUCAACCCAGUCUCCGAGGAUGAUGAAGAGAUAGGCUCAGAUGAGGCAGAAGAAGUCCUCGAUGACCAACACAACGAUCCUUCGCCAAUAGACGACGAGACACUUCUAGAUAAAGUCAAAUCAGACUUCCAAUUCGAAGAGACUCGACAACGCUUCAACCAACGGUUGGAGGCCAUUUGCAGAAAGGCUGAAGGAAUGCAGCGAGAACGCGAUAACUUGGAAGCUCUUGGCAUACCUGCGCUGGACGAAGAGAUUGAUGAUGUCGACGACGACGACGAAGAGAUGUACGAGUAUAUACCCUGUAAGCGGGGUACGUUUCGGGAGUCCGGUGAGCCUCUCACCGAAGAAGAAAUCAAGGCUACGGAAGCAGAGCAAAGUUCUUGUGGCUGUCCAGUAUGCGCUGUUGAGCGAGAGACGGAGGAAGACAGUGGAGAUGCCUGA